UUGUAAACAGAUGUAUACCGCCAGUAUACCGCAAAUACUUUGUUUUAAGGUUCUCAAUUAAUAUGGAUUCAACCGGUAUUGAUAAUAACAUAAAUAAACAAAACUUUCAAGGAAAAGAUUGUUUUAGUCGCAUGAACUUUUUGUAUCAAGCUUCCAUGCUCACUGCAGGCAAGCACAAUACCUUGUCAUCAUAUUAUGGACAGCUUUGUAGAAACAUAAGUAAAAAAACUACUUUGCACAUGGAUCCGGAAAUAAAGCGUAGAUUCUGCAAACGCUGUUCCUUAAUACAGAAUCCAGGCUCUACAGCAGAUUUGUCGAUAUCAACAAGAGAAGCUGGGACAUUUGGUAAAAAAAAUUCAAAUUUACUAGAUGAUGGUAUACAAAUGAAUAUAAAAUGCCAUCAGUGCGGCAAUCAACGAUAUUUUAGUAUUAAUACACAACAUAGUUUUUGGUUAGAAAAUAAUGAAUCUGUCCAUGAAGUUAUAAGUAUGAAGAAAUCAAACAAACACAAAUCCAAAAAGAAGAAAAAAGUAGGCAGUAACGUUGGUACCAACGAUGAGAUAAAGAAGGAUAUUAAAAUGAAUAAAUAAGAUUAUAUUAUUAAAAAAACACACAGGAUAAUUAAGAAUUUAUAAUCUACAGAUAAAGUUUACAUAUAAAGUAUAAAGCGAUUUGCAUUUUUUUACGUUGGAUUAAGAUUUUUACUAGAGUUUAAAAACUUAUCUCAUAUAAUCAAUUAAUAAAUUCUUAUCAAUUGAAUAGACGAAGUUUGUGGAUG